AUGUGUAUCAUCCAACGCUACACGGCGUGGCACUGCGGUUGCCACAUCGAGGAAAGCGACCCGGCAUUGGUCAAAAUAUGCAUCGCAAAGGCUCGCAACGCAGAAGCCAAGUGCACGCUGUACGUCGUCCCGGCAUUUAGUGAGGAUCUCCCUGUUCCAUGCGAUUGCCCAAGCCCGCAAGAGAGCUGUAACAGCAGCAGCAGUAGCAGCAGCGACAGCGGAGACAGCGUCGAAGAUAUGGUUGAACCCAAGGCAGGCCAAAACGGCGGCGCCGGCAUUAUCGAGUGCGAUGGCGGGCCUGUUGGUAUCGUUGACCACGAUAGCAGCGGCAACAGCAUACCGGGCCCCAAAGAAUUGGAAGACAUCAUCACCGAGACUUUUCGUGUCAGCCCUACGGCCGCACCCAAAGAGCCAAGCCAGGGGGGGCUCUCCACUAGCGGAUUGUCUCAGACGUUGGACGCGUCUGAAGGCGCCAACUCUGAGCUCAACGAUAAUGGUACCAUCGUGGACAACUGCAGCGAGGAUGCAGAUGCCGGUGACGCAGACGGAUGGCAUGACAAGAGCAUCGAAGACGAGAUACUCGCUGACGACAUCCAGUCGAGGCGCCUCCAAGCGGCUACCUCGCCGCGCAUGUGCCCCGAACAUGAAGCCAAGUUCGAGAACCUUGCCAACGCCUACUGGCGCAGCGAGACCCUUUGGCUGCGACCCAAGAUGCUCAACCACGGCCGGCGUGCGUAUCAGGAUCUGGUGCUCGCGCAACGCUGUGCUGACCGGCUCUGGGAGUUGUACCUCGUGUGGAAGUUUUUCAACGGUGGCGACCCGCACGGCGCUGCCAUCGUGACUGGCCCGGAUUUCCAACCACUCUACCGCACCAGCAGCGGCGCCAACGAGGUUUGUGACGACGACAAUACCACGCGAAACCUGAAGGGCGUCGCGGAGGUAGAUGCGAGCCGCACGCUGCGAGCCGUUUCCAACUUGGGUGACGUCACCUACCGCGUCCUCCGUUGGGCGCUCGAUGAUCUCUUGACGGUACUCCGCGACAUGCUACAUCCGAGCGAGAUGCUAGCUUGA